AUGGCAGCAGGGACAGUUGCUCGUCCAAAAGUGUUGUACUCUUGCUGGAGACGAGAGCAUGGAAGCGGGACAUUUAAGGAUUCACUCGGCCAACCUCGUGUCUCGCAUGUCAGCGCGAUCCAUCAAGGGUUGGCAGUGGUGUGUAGGAAGAAAGGCUUCGGAGCAUGGCGAUCUAUCGUGUGCAGCUGUGGACUUGUGAGCGUUCCUUUUGUCACGACAGCCCUGCUCGUCAGACUCAGUUUCAUCGCUUGGGUGCGCUGGAUGCAGUACGCACUACGCGUUCGUCUUCGUAUCGUCUCGUACAUAUCAAGACUCCCGUCGGAUUCGGAACUUCUUGUAUUGCAUCUCCGUGUCCGUGUGAAGACUGCUGUUAAAUAUGUGUAUACUCCCGCCUCCACUGCCCGUGCCUCUGCUGUCAUCCCCGUCUCCCCGUCCUCCAGUCCACCAGGCAGACCGGGAGCCUAG